GCAGCUACCAUAUGGAGAUGGAAGGACUGAAGAGGAUGGUGGAGCUGCUGAUCAGCUGGGACCUGGAUGUCGGGGUGCUGGUGACAGACCGACACAGACAGAUCGCUAAAUGGUUUCGCGAAAACAUGCCCAAUACACGGCACUGCUAUGACAUCUGGCAUGUUGCAAAAUCCAUCGGAAAGAAACUGAAGGCCAUCUACAGGCAUAAGGACUGUGAAGACCUGAAGCCCUGGGUGCAAAGUAUAAUCAACCACCUCUACUGGGCAGCAGUGUCUACACCGCCUGGAGAGGGGGAACUUCUGGUUGCCAAGUGGAAGUCUGUGGAGCGACACAUUCAGAACAUCCACAAGGACCAUGGCGACCUCUUCCCAAUUUGUACUCAUGGACAACUGCAACGGCAAAAGAAAUGGCUCAAACAAAGUUCACGCUCAGCAGUGAAACUGGAGGAGGUGGUCAACAACAAGUCCCUGCUGGAAGAUAUCGCCAUGCUGUCGGGUGAACACCAGACUUCCAAGGUGGAGGCGUUCCAUAGCCUUAUCAUACAGUUCGCACCGAAAAUGUAUGUCUUCUCAUACAUCGGAAUGCUGUGCAGGAACCUGCUUGCUGGGCUGCACUGGAAUGAAAACUCGAGCCGCCCUAUAGCCACUACACAAGCGGGUGCUGAGCGCUAUGCAGUACGCUACCCGAAGUAUAAAGCAGGGGGCCAUGUGGUCAAGAAAAUCGCGACAGAGCCAACAUACCGCUACGUAGAUGACUUGAUCAGGGAGGUUGUUGCUGGCUGCAGACAGACCCCUGACCAGCGAACACCAGUCAGCGUCACUGUGGAUGUGCCUCCCUUCCUCUGCGAUGAACUGGAGAAGCCAGACAAGGAGGAAGCCAUCGCCAAGCACAGGAGUCGCUUCGGUAAGUGUUAACUGCCCUCCCGGUAACAGUUAGAGAUGCUACCUUAGUAGAAGCAUUUAAGUCCCAUCUUAAAACUCAUUUGUAUACUCUAGCCUUUAAAUAGACCCC